AUGUGGUGGGGAAUCAGUCCGCCUUUGGAUUUUCAAGAGGAAAUAAAAGAAGACGAUUCUGAUUUAUUGGAAUUUCUAAUUGUUGGCGAAUCUGACGCUCGACAUGUGAUUAAAACAAUUUCCUCCUCGUACAAACAUCAGAGGCGAAAAUUAAAAUUUCAUUUAAUUGAAGCAACAUUGGAGGAAAUUAACAGAACAAUUCUUUUUCUAAGCAUUUGUUUAGAGAAAAAUUUAGGAUUACAAGAAGCGAUUCGAUAUUAUUUGGAAAUUUUCGGAAAUACUCUACUGAGGCCGGCGACUGCAAAAUUUUUAAUUCAAAGGGCAAAAAAAUUGUCCGACCUUCCAACGAAUAAUCUCCAGUGUUCUUGGUUGAAUUUAGAAUUUUUAAAGCACCGAGACAAAGAUCAAAUUGAAUCAAUUUUUAGAUUCUGGGAACGAGCAAUUCGCGAAGGUCUUCCAAUCACUCAAUAUUGGGACAAACGAUUGAGAAAAUCACUCGAGACACGUUACGAUUAUCGCGAAGGUGUUUUCGAUUGGGAUUUUCAUAUGAUUCUGAAAACACGAGGAGCUGCAAAUUUAACUCAUCAGGAAUAUCGAUUCUGGAGGGAAAAUGGAAUAGCAUUUACAUGGAUCGAGGGGGAACCGACAAGAUGCAAUCCAACAUUAAUUAGCAACAUUAUUCCCGAGGGGAAAGGAUUUCUUCACUUUGCCUAUUUAGGCGAUGUCAAAAAUGGACCAUUUUUCACUUGGGCACUUAAUGACGAUUCAAAAAACGAAAAACUCCGAUCAACGGACGUGGCUGAAAAAGAAUUAAUGAGAACAGUUUAUGAAAUUAGAAAUAAAGAGCCAAUGUUCGACGAGAUAUUUGCCGCUCACAGAGAUUUAUCACUUUUAACUGGUACAAUUGUCACGGAAAUGCCCCCAAGUGAUGUGGAACAGGAAACAUGGACCGAGGAUAAAUUUAAAUUUGAAACGCACAAUUUUCAUUGGAUCGAAAUUCCCGAUAUCGAAAUUAUUUUUCAUCCAAUUGAAAAAUUAUCACGUCUCAAGGAAAAAGAUGAAUUUUUGGAAAAAUUCUCACUAAUAUUUCUCUCUCACAAUAUGACAAAGCAAAUUCCAAAUCUCGUGCCAUUGUUGAAGAAAAAUUCACCCUUCAUUGUUGAAUCAAGAAAAUUUCUCACCGAAUUGAGAAAUGAAGAUUUAACCGAAUUCUCCACUGAAUUGGAAAAAAUUGCCAAUGAAAAUAAUUUGAGAGUUAUGAAUAAUUUUAAUUCUCAAAAACACAUGUUUGCACGAUUUUUGAAAAAUUGA